GUGUUUUCUAAUGUCUGACAUUCCUGGCACAUAUUCCAUUACAGAGCUCAUCAAAGCUCAGCUGCCAACCAUUCAAGAAGAAUCGGCAAACGGUUGUUACUCUCAGUCUCACGACGAAAUUGAAGAUUGGCUAUCAGAAACAUUAUUGAGUCCAACAGCAACAAGAACCGAAGGAAUAGCAGCGACCACCCCACAACAUUCAUUCAAGAUUCCCAAGAAAACGAUGCUGGGAAAAGCCAGAACACAGAAAAAGUCCUACCACCCAUUCAGCGAGAGGAGCAGCACCACCGUCAACUCCAUGGCCAUCUCUGACUCUGUGUACAACCACCAUAAUCAGUCACAUUUGGUUCAUUAUUCCUCAGACAGACCCUUAACGCAGUGUAAUUCCUCUGAAGGCUGUCCUCUGUGUGUUUGGAGCGUGGGGUCUCUCAUGGCUGUUUUGCCAGAUUCUCCAUCACCCAUUUGCAGUGGUUACUCCAGCCCACGAGACUCAAGAAACCAGAGCUCCGACGUUGUGUCCUUUGAUAGCAAGAGAGUUACUACUACUACUAGUACUGAAAUAGAUAAAUGGAUGGAUAAUAGCCGAACUCAUCUUCAACGCCGCCCCAACUUGGUGAAAGCCGGUGAUCAUGAACUUUCCAGCCAGACUUUACCUCCAGUGGAAGAGGAGAGUUAAGUUCCUGAAGAGCUGAGCAAUGUAGCAUGUAGUAAUAGCAUACAUGGAGCCUCUGAGGCUGAUAGCCUGAACAAUAUUGAACAGCAAAGUUUGCUGACUCGCCUGAAACCUUACCAUGCAUUUUUAGAUGAUGUCAAGAGGCACAAGAUUGAUGCUGAGAUAGAGGCAUGGAAGAAAGCUAAAUACCCCAAACUCAUGAGCAAGCUGGAAAGGAAGGAAGAAGAUAUAAAUGAUUGGGAAUUCGAGAAGACCAAAAAGGCCAAGGAGGAGAUGAAGAAAUUUGAGAACAAACUGGAAAGAAAACGUGCCCAGGCAUUGAAGAAGACGGAAAAGAAAAUAAGCAGAGCCAAGGAAGUGGCAAACAAGAAGACGGCAAAGGCAAGACGAUCUACAAUUGAGGAGAUGACAGCAGUUUCAAAAUUUUCUGACAAGAUCCAAGCCUCCAAAAGUUUACUAUUGCUCAAGCUUAGGAAGCUAUGUUAGUUCACAUUCAAUACAUCUAGAAAUUGUAUGACAAUUACACUUAAAACUUUCGCUCCAACGUUGAUUCUAGUAGCAUUAGCCGCAUCCAAUAACAUCAAACACUCCAUUCACACACUGAUUAAUUUGGCUCUAGUUUUGUCACAUCAUUAUAGUGUGAAUACCAUCCUCCCA